AGCAUAAGUAUUCAUUCACAUGUCAGCGCACAUGAGUUGUCAAAUUUUGAGGUUACGGUAGCAUUUUCAGGCGAAAUGUUUUUAUCUUCCCGCAAAAGCUUAAAAAUUCGGACCACAAAAUUAAAACACAUUUUAAGAAACAACCUGAGAUGCUAUUGUGAUGACCUCAACACCUCACACGUGGACGUCAAUUUCACGAACGGCCGCUCUUUGAAAAUAUCAACAGGCCAAUAUGCACGACUUGCAGACGGGUGUGCCGUUGCAUCCUUAGGUGACACCUCAGUUAUGGUAACAGCCGUUUCAAAAACAAAACCUUCUGUGAGCAAUUUUCUACCUUUAGUGGUGGAUUAUAGACAGAAAUCGGCAGCGGCGGGGCGGAUUCCCACAAAUUUUUUUAGGCGCGAGUUGGGCCCCUCUGAGAAAGAAAUCUUAACGUCGCGCUUGAUUGAUCGCAGUUUGAGACCCCUGUUUCCGGAUCGGUUCACUUACGAGACCCAAGUUGUUUGUAAUAUGUUGGCAGUAGAUGGUGUAAAUAAUCCAGAUGUGAUUUCUAUUAAUGCGGCAAGUGCCGCUUUGGCACUGAGUGACAUUCCUUGGAAUGGCCCUGUGGGGGCUGUGAGGCUGGGAAUGAUUAAUAACGAAAUCAUAAUAAAUCCCACAAGGAAAGAGUUACAAUCUUCAAUUCUAAAUUUAGUGCUCUCAGCCACUAGAAAGAAUCUAGUUGUGAUGCUGGAAGGCAACGCAAAUAAUAUUUUGCAGCAAGAUUUGCUCAAAGCAAUUAAACUAGGUACAAAGGAGACGCAACAAAUUAUAAAUAGUAUAGAGAAAUUGCAGAAAGCUUUCGGGAAAAAGAAGCGUGACAUUGAAUAUCCCUUAGAAGCUAGUCAAGAAGCAUAUGAGGCUGUGAGGUCACUCUCUGAAAUGAGGGUGAGGAAAAUACUUACAGACUAUUCCCAUGAUAAAUUAAGCAGAGAUAAUGCUUUAACAGAUGUUAGAAUAGAUGUCACUGAGAAAAUCAAGUCCACUUUUCCAGAUUUGGAGAUGAGUGUGUUUAGUGAAACUUAUAAUAAAGUUGUGAAGCAGAUUUUUCGCGAUUUAGUUUUUGAGGAGGGCAAGAGGUGUGACGGACGUGAUUAUGACCAGUUGAGGAACAUUGAGUGUAAAGUGAAUUUGUAUAAGCCUCUACAUGGUAGUGCUAUGUUCCAAAGGGGGCAAACUCAGGUGUUUUGUACAGUGACUUUGGAUUCACAUGAGAGUGCUAUGAAGUUGGAUCCUAUGGCAAUGUUGAUAAGCGGUGUCAAGGAGAAGAAUUUUUUUCUUCAUUACGAAUUUCCUCCCUUCGCGACUAAGGAAACGGGGAAAAUUGGUCCAAUUGGUAGGAGGGAAAUCGGGCAUGGGGCUUUAGCGGAAAAAGGGUUGACUCCGUCGAUCCCUGACGAUUUUCCAUUUACGAUUAGACUAACAUCGGAAGUUUUAGAAUCCAAUGGAUCGAGUUCUAUGGCUAGCGUUUGUGGAGGCACUUUAGCUUUAAUGGACGCCGGUGUACCAAUUGUUGCACCCGCAGCAGGGGUGGCUAUUGGACUAAUCACACGAUACGAUGAAGAGAAAGCAAACAUCACUGAUUAUCGACUGUUGACUGAUUUAUUGGGCAUAGAAGAUUAUAUGGGCGAUAUGGACUUCAAGAUAGCCGGUACUAAAAAGGGGAUAACAGCCUUACAAGCCGACAUAAAAAUCCCAGGUCUUCCUCUGAAAAUCGUAAUGGAGUCAAUACAGAAAGCAACAGAAGCUAAACAGAAAAUUUUGCAAAUCAUGCACGAAUGCAUAGAUAAACCCAGGACUGUGAAAAAAGACAAUUGGCCGGUUAGCGAAAAACUGAAAGUUGAGGUCCAUAAGCGAGCAAAGCUGGUUGGUGUAGGUGGCAUCAACUUGAAGAAACUUUUUGCAGAAACAGGUGUCCAGGUGACUGCAAUCGAUGAUACGACUUUUGAAAUUUUCGCUCCUAAUCAAAGCGCAAUGGAUGAGGCAAAAGAGUAUAUAAAUAACCUGUUGACAGCCGAAAAAAUUCCAGAUUUAGAAUUUGGAGGGAUCUACACUGCCACUAUUGUAGAACUUCGUGAUAUAGGAGUGAUGGUUACGUUGUAUCCGGGGAUGCCGCCGGCAUUGCUUCAUAAUUCACAGCUGGAUCAAAGAAAGGUCGCGCAUCCGUCGGCACUCGAUUUACAAGUAGGGCAGGAAAUACAAGUGAAGUAUUUUGGGAGGGAUCCAGUUUCAGGCUUGAUGAGACUUUCAAGGAAGGUUUUACAAGCUUCUCCUAAGUAAAUAAAAUUAUAUUUUUUAUUGAAAAAACACCAAUGAAUUAUGAGUUUCAUUAAAACAACUUUUCUCAUA